AUAUAGUGAAUGUAGGGUCCGGGGAGACCGGAUAUAGUGAAUGCAGGGUCCGGGGAGACCGGAUAUAGUGAAUGCAGGGUCCGGGGAGACCGGAUAUAGUGAAUGCAGGGUCCAGGGAGACCAGAUAUAGUGAGUGCGGGGUCCUGGGGAGACCCAGAUAUAGUGAAUGCGGGGUCCUGGGGAGACCAGAUAUAGUGAAGUGCGGGGUCCGGGGAGACCAGAUAUAGUGAGUGCGGGGUCCUGGGAGACCAGAUAUAGUGAAUGCGGGGUCCGGGGGAGACCAGAUAUAGUGAAUGCAGGGUCCGGGGAGACCAGAUAUAGUGAAUGCAGGGUCCGGGGAGACCAGAUAUAUAGUGAAUGGUCCGGGAGACCAGAUAUAGUGAAUGCAGGCUCCUGGAGUAUAGACACUGUGGAGGCAAUGCUGCAGAGGCUGUAUGAGCCCACAGAUUGUUGGCACCAAAAAGGUUGAGCUGCUAGUGACU